UAAAAAGAUAAAGCUAGACAUACAACAGCUAACAUUCAUCAAUGUUGAAACAGCACCAACGUGUGGACAUUUGUAGCAACAACGAGAAUCUUCCAGAUCCAACUGGAACUGUUUCUUGAUGGAUACUGACAGUUUUUUCUUUGAUUAAUUUGAAUUGUUUUCAAGUUCGUAGGAUAAUUUUUUCAUCAUUAUAUAAUUGUUUAAUUUCUUUGAGAUAUUAUCCUGAUUAUUUUAAAAGAAAAUGAAUAAUCUAUCUACUACAUUUAUGAAAAAUAAGCAUUAACACUUUUGCAACGAGAAUAUUGUACAAUUUCCAUGAUGGUAAAUGAUGUCCGUUGAGUAUAAAUUCGACAUUUAUGAGAAAGGUAAAGUCCAAAAGAAAUGACCUGGCACAAAUAACUAGUAUGUUGCAUGAAUUUAUCAGUGGACAAAUGUAAAAAACAUUGAAGAGACUUAAAAAUGUAAGACGAGUCCUUAGUUGUAAUUGAAACAAUGCCAUUUCAACGUGCGCUUUUAAAAAUAUAUCUUUCAACCUUUUCUUGAUCAGAAGAAAUUUUUAUAACACAAAACAUCUUUUAUUUGCAAAGAACAGAUAUAAAAUAGGUGAACCCAAAGUAGCAUGUUGUCCAUUAAAUGAAACAGAAAAAUAUGAAAACAAUUUUCACCUCCUUAGAGUAAAUAACUCAAGAGUUCUCAAUAAAACAUUUUGUUUUUUGUUGAAGAAACAUUUUUCUGGAUCUUUCAAAGCUUUGUUUAUGCUAUGAUGUCUUCAUUAGUGGUUAAGAUUUACACACAGACUUUUUUUUUAGCAGAUAGAUAGGAAGGGAUGCUAAGGAACCUGGUCAAGUACCACCAUCUAGUGGACAAAUGUGAUAACAGACCAGAAACUUCCUGAAUUCUCCGCCUCUCCUCCUGUCAGAGUAUAAAGCUGGGACAGAGUCACUGCUGAGACAGAAAGAUACACAGAAGAGAAAAGACAAUUCAACCAGCUUUCAUCUGCCAACAAAAAGACUCAAGACUUGAAACUCUGAAAAAUGCUGUGCUCUCGAGGUCUUCACUCUGAUCUCAGUCCAUCCAUGUUCUUCUUCUCACCUGUACGCAGUCUGUGGCCAGAGGUCAGACCUCUGUUCUACCAGCGGGAUCUGUUGCAGAGGAACCUGCAGGAGCUGCGCAGCAGUCUGGAGCUGAUGGAAAAAUUUCAAGACAAGAUCUUGGAGGAGACGGAGCCUUUCCAGAGCAGUGUGACCCUGCAACCAGUGAGCUUCCAGCUGGACAAAGAUGGACAGAACUUUGGCCUGACCCUGGACACUCGAGGCUUUUCUCCAGAGGAGCUGUCUGUCAGGCAGGUGGGCAGAAAGCUGAGAGUCAGCGGGAAGACAGAGAAGAAACAGGAGGACGGGAAAGGCUCCUACUCUUACAGACUCCAGGAGUUCAGACAAGAGUUGGAUCUGCCUGAAGGCCUGAACCCUGAAGCCGUCACCUGCUGCCUGUCUCCAGACGGAAAGCUCCACAUCCAGGCCGCCAAAGAGGAGGCUGACAGAGAACUGACCAUCAAGAGGAGCUCGGAGGAGGAACCACAGCAGAGAGAGAGUUCACAGAAACAAGAUAGCAAAGUGCAGACUCCCAAUACAUCAUAGAACAAACAGGAGAACCUGGACUUAAACUCUACAUGUGCAUAUCUGAUCAUUUCUUAUUAAUGGUAUUUAAGCUAAUUUAGCUCAUUUUGAUUUUAAACACGUCUUCAUUUUUAAACGUAUUAGCUAGUUCUGACUGUGAAUAAACGAUUAAAUGCAACAAGAUGACAUGAAUGUAGUAAAGGGACUUUUUUAUUUUGUUAUAUCUUUGUUUGAUGAAAGAGGAAUAAAUAAAUGUUUCAUGUUGAAAUGACUGCAUUUGUUGAGUCUUUAUUUGAAUGUUUCAUUAUUUAUUAAUCCAAACAAAUUUAUCUGAAAAUCACCAAUC